CAUGAAUGUAGCAUCGGAUGCUGCGACAGUGUUUCUAGAAUAAAUUGACGCAUGCGCGAACUAGGACUUCCUGACCUAAAAAACAAACACGGAAGUUGAGUGAAAACACUCAAGGCGCGUUUCUUCAAAAUACCAACGCCACAGCAAGUAUCAAUGUCGUAAUGCCCCUGUCAACGCAGUCCCAAACGGAUGAUGCCCAAUACAUUCUGGUGGCUAGUUUGGAUAAUGCUCGUAACAUCUCCAACAUAUUGAAAGCGAUCACCUUCAAAGACCAUGCCAUCUUCAGUGCUACUCCUAACGGUCUUAAGGUCACCGUGGAAGACUCUAAAUGUCUACAAGCCAAUGCCUUCAUCCAGGCUGAUAUCUUUCAAGAGUUUACCAUUAAGGAAGACUCUGUUGGGUUCCAGGUCAAUCUGACUGUUUUGUUGGAUUGCCUCACAAUCUUUGGAGGGAGCACUGUGCCAGGAGUUAGCACAGCCCUGCGGAUGUGUUACAUGGGCUAUGGCUACCCGCUCACCUUGUUCCUGGAAGAAGGUGGGGUGGUGACCGUCUGUAAGAUCAACACACAGGAACCCGAGGAGCCCAUUGAUUUUGACUUCUGCAGCAGCAAUGUCACAAACAAGGUUAUCCUCCAGUCUGAGAGCCUAAAGGAGGCCUUCUCUGAGCUGGACAUGACCAGUGAGGUGCUACAGAUCACCAUGUCCCCCAACCAGCCUUACUUCAGGUUGUCCACAUUUGGGAACUCGGGAAAUGCCCACUAUGACUAUCCCAAAGACUCUGACAUGAUGGAGCUCUUCCAGUGCACCAAGACACAGAUUAACAGGUUAACUGAGUUAUAUUCCCAGAAUACGUGGACGUCUUCAUCACCAAAUGUAUAAGAUGUCCCUGCUGAAGUCGUCCACCAAGGCCCUGGCCUUGUCCUGCAAGGUCUCUGUUAGGACGGACAGCAGGGGCUUCCUUUCCCUGCAGUACCUGGUCAGGAACAACGACGGACAGAUAUGCUUUGUGGAGUACUACUGCUGUCCAGAUGAAGAAGUGGGGGAUGACUGAUGGAAAAGGGAUGCAGGCCACCAGCAGUCACUUUCAAAACAGAAGCUAGUUUGAGUAAAGCACUACAGUAAGUUUACCAAUGAGGCACUGGUUACAGAGUGGUAAUGAAGGCCCUAGAUGUAUUCUACGACCCGUGUCAUGAGAGUCUGGCCUCUGGGCCAGUGCGGUGCACAAUAAUGUUCCCACUGUCAACUUAACCCAUGUUCACAAAUGUUGGUAUAUCGGCUGAGUGAAUGCUUUUUUCCCUGAGUUUGUGUUCUGCGCAUAUAUACACGGUAUAUGUAAAUAUGCCUGUUCAUAUGUAACAUUAGACCGUUGAGGAAGCUAUGUUCAAACAUUUCAGUAUUGCAGUCAAUUAAACAUUUUACUAAUAAAACUAAGAUCUUUA